AAACAAUUGACUAAAUUAGUUUGAUUUUAAUUUUAUUACAAAAUCUUACUCACAAAAUCAAACCAUGAAGCAAAAGGUAUGAAAAUUUUAAUCAAACGGUCGAGAAGAAACCAAUCAAUCCAUCAAAACAAAACCCUAAAAUGUGUCCAAAUGCCAUUAGGUUUUCUCCCAUCAUAUAUAUAUAUAUAUCACUCACGUGUUCUUCGCCUCUCUAUCCACCAUUCAGCUUUGUUUUUUUUCCUCCUCCGUCCCAAUCGAAUUUUGAGCUAUGUCUGACGAGGAGCAUCAAUUUGAGUCUAAGGCUGAUGCUGGUGCAUCAAAAACUUUUCCUCAACAAGCUGGUACCAUUCGUAAGAACGGUUACAUCGUCAUCAAAGGCCGUCCGUGCAAGGUUGUUGAAGUCUCUACAUCCAAAACUGGCAAGCACGGUCAUGCCAAAUGUCAUUUUGUUGCUAUUGACAUCUUCACUGGAAAGAAGCUUGAGGAUAUUGUUCCUUCUUCACACAAUUGUGAUGUGCCCCAUGUUAAUCGCACAGAUUAUCAGCUUAUUGACAUCUCUGAAGAUGGAUUUGUGAGUCUGCUCACUGACAAUGGUAACACCAAGGAUGACCUUAGGCUUCCUACUGAUGAAAGCCUCCUUACGCAGAUAAAGGAUGGGUUUGCUGAAGGUAAAGACCUUGUUGUGUCUGUUAUGUCAGCCAUGGGUGAGGAACAGAUCAAUGCCCUGAAGGAUAUUGGUCCCAAGUAAUUUUCUCUUGAUUGGAUAUUGCUCGACGUGAAGUUCUUUACUACCUUGAGUUAGAUAAGAUUAUAGUCGUGGAAAAAAAGUUAUGGUCUUGUGGAAUAUUAUUCUUCAGAAUUUGUUAAAUUUUUAUUCUUCAUUUUGUUGUUUAAAAUUGUGUUCGUCUGAAUUUUGUUCUUCAUUUGUCUUUUAAAUUUUGCGUGGGAAAAUGUCCAACCUGGAACAAUAUAAGUACCAACCUCACUUUUUGACUGCUUUUA